UUUGACAGAUUUUUUAAUAAACAAAUCAAAAAAUAACACACAAGUUUUGUUAUUUUGACUCGUCAUAAGUAGUCCUGAUAAAAAAAAAUAUGAUGUAAAAACCGAUAUAUGAAUAAUCAAACUUUUCAAAUUAAAUUUAAUUCCGAAAAAGACUAACUAAAAUGCGGCAACUUGUCUCUUUCAUAGUUUUGGUCUCCCUUGCAUAUCAGUCCAGGCAACAUGAGUUACAGGGCUUCGAUGAUACCAUCCUGUUUGACAUCAAUUUUCCAGGCAAACUGGCAGAUAUCCACGAUUUGGACGAUGCGGAGGUGAUGUAUGUAACAUCUUCAAUGAAUGAAAAGUAUAAAUGUGUUUUGCCAGCAAUUAAAAAGACUGAAGAGGAUGAUGUCAAGCCCUACUCUGGUCCAAGCCCUUUGGAGCUUAUUGCUCCUAUUUUUCGACAAGGUACAACAUGCUCUUACCGCCUGGAAAGCUAUUGGACAUAUGAAGUGUGUCAUGGUAAAUACAUCAGACAAUACCAUGAAGAUCGGGAGGGUAAAAAAGUUAAAUUGCAAGAGUUCAUAUUGGGGAAAUGGGCUGAGCUGCAUCUUGAGCACCUUAUUGGGAAAACAAAUAAGGAAAGGCUGGAUUUAAACCCCGAGUUUGUUGCUCCUACUAUGAGAAUUGAUAAUAUGGUGCUAUCAUAUUAUGAGAUAACAAUGACAAAUGGUACUGCAUGUGAUCUUAACCAAAAUAAACCAAGAUCUACUAUUGUCAAGUAUGUGUGCUUCCCUGAUGGCAAACAUGAGGUUUACCUGCUGAAAGAACUGUCAACUUGUGUAUAUGAAGUGGUAAUUCUUACUCCUUUGCUCUGUACUCAUCCUAAAUAUAAACCAAAAGAGACAGGCAAUCUUAAUAUUAACUGUGUGCCAACAGAGGGUGCCAAUGCUGAGCCUUACAGUCUUACCAAAUUAAAAAGGGAAAGUUCUAAACUUAAGAGAGCAGCUGAGCUUGACAGGCUUAAGGUAGUUGAGCUUGUACAAUUUAAAUCAGAAGAUGCUGUAACAGGUGACCAAAAAUCCCCUAAAUUUGUCACAAAUAAAGUAUCAGACCCUAGCCCUGUGCAGGAGUUUUUACAAGGGACUCAUUGUCUUUACGGAGGUACUGGUUGGUGGCAGUUUGAGUUCUGUUAUGGAAAAUCAGUGGAGCAGUUUCACAUAGAAAAAGAUGGCUAUAGAACUUCUAUCAAUUUGGGAAUGUUUGACAAGGAAAAACAUUUGGAAUGGAUCAAAGAACAUCCCCACAAAAAGCCUAAACCAUUGGAAGAGAGGAAGCAGCUCAGUCAUUUUUAUUCUGGGGGUAGUGUCUGUGAUAAAACCGGCCAGCCACGCCAAACCGAAGUGAAACUAAAAUGCGUUGAAAACCGGAAAAGUUCCUCAUCGGUGUCCCUCUACCUUUUGGAGCCGAAAUAUUGCGAGUAUAUUUUAGGUGUGGAGUCGCCUCUAAUAUGCGAAAUACUCGAUAAAGCAGACGAGUACGGACUGGUUGAGGUGCCGCUGGAUUUCGAUGACGAUGAGGGAGUUGAAUUAAAAAAGAUUACCAUUAAGUUGUGAGGCGUUAAAUGUGAUUAUUGAUGAUCAAGGUGUAGCAGUAAAAGUGUACAGUGCCCAGCUUAAACGGGCAAUUUUUAAUAAUAAAGACACGUCUGUUCUAAUACUUUGAGGUGUAAUGUAAUUUUAUUUAUUUAUUUCAAUUUCUUUAUUUUCACUUCACCUUUUUCGUAAAUAUUCUUUUUUGUCAAAUAACAUUAAAAUAUGUCCAGUUACACCAUUA